UGUCCCAGUUACUUGGCGCCUUUGUCCGUGCUGAUUGGGUGACCUACGACUUGUCAGUCUCAGCCUCUACUACAACACGCGUAUCACGCAUCACGUAUCACGUCGGCGUUUGACGAGCAGCUCUAGGCUCUAGCCUCUACUCCGUACUGCGGCUAGAGCCAUCUGAAGAUCCAACCCUUGCUCGCUGAUUCGGAAAGACUUGCUGGUGCAAAUGUAUUCACGUCAAAUUGCCAAGCAUAGAUGGAUCGGAUCAGCAUCGCCGGCCAGAGGAGUCCAACCAGAAGACGACAAUAGGCCGAGGGAUGCAAAAGCGAGGGCAUUGUAUAACGAGGUCGGAUCGAUCAUCAUCUCACCGUCUUUUUUUUUUUAUACCGACGCCUGUUGCACACAAGUCAUUCCUUUUCAGCAUAAGCUCUGUGCAGUAUACGUAUCCGUUAUCCUCUUUCUUUCUCCCCUGUUCGAGCUUCGUGAUGGUUUGCCGAAGUAGGCACUUCUCCCGGCGGCUCUCAAACGCCAUACUGGAUCAGGCUGCGCCUCGAGAUGUCGAUGUAAUCUGCUCGUCAGACAUCUACCCGUCGUUCCACUCUGACGAUUCGACGAACCCUCCCCCGGAGAUGAUAUUCGGCAAGGAAGAUAUACGGAGCACCAUGUGGACUGGAAGGGUUCCGAGUGUAACCACUUCUAUUUUAGUGUCUCCUUGCAAGGACGAAGAACCCGACGCCGUGGAUGAAGUUCAAGGUCUUCGCGGAGAGCGACUAGCUGCGGAGUACAAUCAAUCGGCUCGACAUCGCUGAUGCUUUUCCAAUCGUUCAACAGGGAAAAUAUGGGCAAGAGAUGUCCGCUGUACAGUGGCGAGCCGGCAUAGAAAGUUACCUUCUGGAACGCGAGAAACGAGAGAGGACGCAAUUGUCUAGUCUAGUAUCGAAGGCGUGACGCCAACAAACACCACGGAACAUCCGCGCAACACACAAAAUGCCAAGUGACUAACAUGGCGUGCAGGAAGAC